AGACUUGAAGAAAAUAAAAUGUCAACGGCACCUUGGAAACCCAUUUUAAAAUCGAUUAUUGCAGAACAUUUUAAAUUUUCCGAUACAAUGCAGCCAAUGCAGCUGGCAACCUUUAAUACAGUUACGCAAAGACCUGCAAAUCGUACCGUUGUCUUCCGUGGAUUUAUUAAAGAUAAAGAAGAUUCUUUUGAAUCCGAUUUACUUUAUGUAACAACUGACGUACGUUCUAGUAAAGUAGAACAACUUUCAAGCAAUUCCGGAUUCGAAAUUUGUUGGUGGUUUCCUAAAACGCAAGAUCAAUUUCGGUUAACUGGAAAUGCAUGCGUAUUUUCAUCCGACUCAUCAAUCAACUCAAAAUUUCCAUUUGCCAAACUUUCUUCAUAUUUUCCUACGGCUAAUUUUAAUUGGGAUGAAAAAUUAGAAUAUUAUUUCAAACAAAUUUCUGAUCAAUUACGCGCAGACCUUACUCGUCCUACUCCCGGCCUUCCUCUUGAACAUGAAAAUUAUACUAAAAAACUCGCAGUUGUAGCCAAAGACGAGAGAGAAAAUGAACUAGUUAAACAGUCAUUUGCAAAUUUUGCGUUAGUCAUUUUUGAGGUUGAAGAAGUUGAUCGUGUUGAAUUAGCCACUGACCCUCAUAAAAGAACAAAUUGGAAAUUGAAUAAUCAAACUAGAAAAUGGGUAGAGCAAAGAGUUUAUCCUUAAUUAUAAUAAAUGAAAUGAUAGUUUAAUUUAUUUUAUUUAUCACGCAAUCGUUACACUACAAUUUCUAAAAUUGGUUAAUAAUAACUCUCUUAUAUAACUAUUUAAAUUCAACGUGUUUUUGUAAAUUAGAUUUGUGUAAUUAGUGAGAAAGUAGUAUGUGUUCUUAUUAAUUGUUGAAUGAGCCAACCUUACAUAGUGUUUUUUUAUAAUAAUUUUAUUAUUCUUCUUUUAGAAAUUAUAAGGAGACGAGAUCUUAGCUACAGUACUACUGUUUUAUGCUAUAAUCUGCUAUAAUAAAUAAAAUAAAAAAGCAAUUUCCUAACUUGAUCG